GGUUUGGUCAGGUAUAAAAGAAAGGGUUAAACCCGUUAGGAAGUCAGUUCAGGAGCAGAAACCAGCAGUACAGUGAGCAAACAUGUCCAACACCAGCAUGAACAUGGGCAGGGCCACCUUCUACGAGGACAGAAACUUCCAGGGUCGCUCUUAUGAGUGCAGCUCCGACUGCCCCGACAUUUCCUCCUACAUGAGCAGGUGCCAAUCCUGCAGGGUCCAGAGUGGAUGCUUCAUGAUGUACGAGCGCCCCAAUUACAUGGGAAACCAGUACUUCAUGAAGAGGGGAGAGUACUCUGACUACCAGAGUAUGAUGGGAAUGACCGAUGGUUUCAGGUCCAGCCGCAUGAUCCCCAUGCACCGUGGAAACUUCAGGAUGAGGAUCUACGAGAGGGAGAACUUCGGAGGUCAGAUGCACGAGAUGAUGGACGACUGUGACUCCAUCCAGGAGCGUUACCGUAUGUCAGACUGCCAGUCCUGCAACGUGAUGGAGGGCCACUGGCUGAUGUAUGAGCAGCCACACUUCAGAGGCAGGCAGAUGUACAUGAGGCCUGGAGAGUACAGGAACUUCAGAGAGAUGGGCAUGGGAAUGGGUGGCAUGGGCAGCAUGAGUGGCAUGAGGUUCAUGAGCAUGAGGCGUAUCAUGGACAACAUGUCUAUGUAAAUUCUUCAAAUGUUGUAUGAACAUUGUUGAUUAAAUUUGUUCAAAUUUUAAAACUGCUAAA